AUGCUGGAGUUUGGAGCUCUAUGUACGCGAGUCCGGUGGUCUCCGGGGAGCCUCCCCGCUGAGACAGUGUCCAAAAAGAGCCUCUUCAGGGAGGUGUCGAUGGGGCCGAACGGCACUCUUCGCUACGCGGACCUUUCCGCGGUUGAGCAUGGAGGUUACUCUUUGGGCGCCUCGCCUAUGGUAGUGCCUCAGGAGGUCAUCGACCCUGACGCUGACGGGUCGGAGCCAGUGCUCGACCAGGACAGCACCUUGGCCGGAGCGUGGGCAUGUCCGGUAUCCAAGGCAGCCGCUGCGAAGUGGCGAUCCCUUGCCCAAAAGCGGCAGUUUACCGAGGUCCAUAUGCCUGACGGGUGUUUCGUCCCGAUGGAGGGGCAGCCUCCCGGCAACGUCCGCCGUAGCGCUGACUACGCGACGAAGUGUGCCGAAGGGAUGAAGCUCCCACCUCCGGGCUCUCAGGUCACGGAGGAGCACAGGGCCGAGUAUCCCGACCUUCGUGAUGAAGAGAUCCGCGCUAUCGGGCGCGUGAUUUUCGAGAAAAGCGAAGCGUUGUGGAUUAAGGACACGCCUCAGACCAUGGUGCGGGGUUUCCUGCAUGAUAUGGUUACGAAGGGCGAGCCGGUUUCGCAAGCGCCGCUCAUUCGAGGAGGCGAGCAUGCGGAAUGGUUGGAAGCCGAGAUCGCUAAGGCGUAUCGCCGAGGACACUACGUCAGUGGUGAAAGUAACUGGGGAUCGCCUGCUUUCCGCGUCUAUCCUAGCGCGAGCAGGAAGCCGCGCAUGGUGAUAGAUUGCCGGCGCGUGAACCAGGUCACCGUGCGUGCGACCUUUGUCAUGCCGGACUCUGUUUCCGUGAAACGCGCUUCGGCUGGCAAGAAAUGGUAUAGCACGGGUGAUGGAGUCUCCGGGUUCAAUCAGAUCGAGAACUCCCUUUUCGCCCAUCGCGUCCUCGCCGUGGUGAGUUUGUCCGGCAAGCAUUUGCCGCGAUCGUUGGGGUUCGGUCCGACGAAUGGACCUGAGGACUUCAGCAGGUUUGGCUUCCGAACCUUCCGUCGCAAGUUGUUCAAGACGUGGUUCUUGCUCAUUGACGAUGUGCUGGUGGUUGCUGGGCCGCUGACGCCGCUGCCUGCCGCUGAUAGCGCCGUUCUUCCCGCCGCUGCCUCCGAAGGCAUGCAGAGUGGCGAAAAGAGGGUCACCGAUCGCGGACCCUUGGUCGUGGACAAGAUGAUGGCUGGCUGCAUUGGAUAUGUGGUGAAGGCAGGUGAGAUGAGCUGGCCUCCACAUCUUCAUUUCUUCAGCUUUAUGAAGGUAGAAGACUUCUACGUGGAUAUGCAGUGGGAUGUCUCUGCCUCCAGGCUCUACAAGGACUCCUGGGGGCUAAGGCGAAUCGCGACGAAGACAAAGGCCGAGACUGAGGAAGUCCUCUUCGUGGGUACUUCUAGGAGCCCAGAGGCUCGGGAGCUCGAGGUGGAGACCCAACCGCUGGACAUCAUGGAUGUUGCAUCCCCGGCAAGCACACCAAUCCGGAAGCUUAGCAGUGCAGAUUCGGAGGUGACAGGACUUUGUGUCGACCCCCAGAUGCAGAAGCAGCUCAGAAAAAGCAAAAUGGCGGCAAUCUCGGCAGCCAAGGGGAAGGGAAAAGGAAAGGCGGCGAAGCUGAAGUCGCCGGGCAAUCGGAAGCCUGGGGCUGCACGCGGCCGUGCCGGUGGUGCUGAUGAUGAGGAUGGUGGUGAGCCGAUACUUAUGAUGGUAUUGGCGAUCGUCUGCAACAUGCCACUGGAUUUCAAGCAGGAGUACGAGGCUGUGGAGUUCUCCAAUGAUGCUGGCUUUGGCAUUAUUCCUGGCACAGGCUCUGGGAUUCACGUGGACGGUGGAAAUGCCACCGAAGCAAAGGAGCUUCUAAAGAAUCUGGAGCGACUUCAGCUUCAGCAAGAUGAGAUGAUCACCCCGCCGCCUCGUGAUGAUGUUGAUGAUGAUGUGGAGGCCAAGGAGCCUCCCAGCAAGAGAGCGAAGCUUCGAAAGAAACGAUCCAAGGAAACAGUUCGGGCUGAGGAUGAUGGGCUAGGGAAGGAAAAGGCUACUCCGGAGACGCAGAAGCCCAAGCCAAGCAAGAGAAAGCCUUUGAGGAGCCCUCCGCUUAGUGGUGGUGCUACUUCCUCGGGGCACGAGCCAGUGCAGGAUCAAGGGGAAGAUGCACAGCCGAGCUUUCCCUCCGAUUCGCUGCCGACUCCUUUCAAGUCAACCCAGAAGCAGUUGACCCCUCAGGAGACACCACGAAAGUCCCUGCUAUGCAGCUUCGAGCAAGUUUCGGACCCGCCUGCUGGUGUGCAUGUCCUCUCCCUUGCUCCGGCACCUGAGAUGGCAUCGGAGUCUGACGACGAGAUGCUGCAGCAUGCUUUGAAGAACAUGGUCGAGGUUUCCUCGGCCGAGGAGAAUUGGCAGCCUACGGACGAUGUCUACGGCACGCCGUUGAAGGCGGCUACGACACUCGCCAAGCUGUCGAAGGCCGAAGAAGCGAAGCUGGAGGCUAUCCUCCGGCGACUUUGCAAAGCUGAUAAGAAGGGCAACUAUCAGGAAGGCUUCCUUCAGAAGGUGAACCACACCUAUCGCCAAAAUCGAAGCAACGAGUUCAAGGUUCGAUCCGGCUUCUAUACGGAUCAGAUGAUGGCAGAUGAACUGAAGUUCACGAUUUCGAUUAGCCGUGACAUCGCAAUGUUGUUUGCCAGCAGUCAUCAUCCCUCGACCACCGAUUGUUAUUUAAGGAAGGACAAGUACCAGAAGAAGCUGAUAUGGUAUUGGUGCGACAUUGCCUACGAGGGUACUCAGGCCAACAGGGACGAGGAAGAGCUCCUACGGGACACUACGAUAUCCGAUGGUGCCAGGGUCAGUGACGUGGCUUUCGGUUUGGGUGGCAGCUUGCCUGACCUGAACUCCGAGGAUGAUAAUGAUAAUGAUGGCGAUGAUGAUGAAGAUGAAGAUGAAGAAGAGGAUGAGGAAGCCGAUGAGCCGAAGGCCAAGCUAGGCAAAAGAAAGAGCAAAGAAAGUUUGCCCGAUGAUGUGGAGGAGGACAUGGACGGGGUGCCCGGCCUGCUGAAUGAGGAUCUGGAGUCUUUCCAGAAGUUGAUCACCGACCUUGGUGCAAAGCACGACGAGCUGGCCGACAUGAAGUCUAACUACGACUGUGAGGAGCCGGUCGAUGGUGCGAAGCUGACGAAGCUGAUCAACACCGCGAACAAAAAGGCGAGCCGGAUCACGAUGGAAGAGAACAAGAUCAAGAAGAGUGGCUCUCAGACUCUGCUGCCGUCCCUGAAGGGCAGUGAGAGCGAAAAGGUACCACAUGAGCUGCUUGCAGAGCUGGCAAAUGCUGUGGUGUCAGAAGUAAACGAAUCCUUUGGGGAGGAGGCUUCUACAAAACUACAAUCUUCCUCGCUUCUCCGAAAGAUGAGUCAUGGGUUCACUGUGGGUCAUGCAGCACAGAAGACCCGAGAGGCUUUGGAUGCAAUGCCAGAAAACCAGGCACCCCUAGAAGUUACAGAAGUGGACAUCGGUUUGGGCGAACCAUUUCCUUGUAUUCUGUUUUCUUCUUACCUUCGGGCACUAGGUGAACACAACAAGCUGAGUAUUCUUACACGCGAUGUUAAUCUUCAGUCUUUCUGGGACAAGAUGCAGCCUUUGCUUCCACGGCAUCCAAUCUUCCAGCUGCCUGCAGAGGCCCGGGCUCGCACUAUUCCACUUUAUCUCAUAGGGGAUGAAGGAAGAGGAUGGAAGAAGUCAGCUGUGUUCGUGCUGGGAUCAGAAUCACUGCUCGGCACUGGCUGUGAUGCAGAGGACCAAGACACUGCAACACAAGACAUGAAGAUGAACUUUCGGGGAAAUACCAUGGUUACCAGGCAGCUGUUUGCAUGCAUGCCGAAAAACUUAUACCUGAACGACGAUCGACCCCUUCACAAGCUUGUGGACAUCUGGGCAGAAGAUUUUGCAAAGCUCUUCUACCAUGGCCUCGACAUCCGCUGCGGCCAUUCCAUCGAAACAUGGCGAAUGGUGCUCCGGGAUUUCGGACUGACCGGAUGUUCUGCAAAGGGGCUGGACCGGAACCUGGCCCAUUUGUAUGGGGAGAUGAAAGCUUUCGCUGCUGAUCGAGAUCUUUAUUUGCAUAUGAAUGCUUUAACCAAAAGGAUGUUGGGCAUCUCUUCGGCAGCAGACUAUCCCACUGGGCAAUGGUUUAAAGGGGCUGAUACAACCUUCGUCCUCAAGUUUCUCGUCUUCAAGUUCGAGAAUGUAUUGCCAAAUGCCGAGAACGAUCUGCCGUUUUUGCAAACUGUGCUUGAAUGCUUGAAAGCUUCUGAUGGAUUCUUGAGCUCUUUGUAUAAAGCUGGGCUCUUUCUGCAGAGACGACGACUGGUGAAGAUUGUGCGGCUUGGCCUGGAGAUGGUUUCUGCUUAUACUCGUUGUGCGGCACUGGCACUCUCGAGAUCGCUGGCUCGUUUCAAGCUCACACCCAAAUAUCAUAUGCUCAUGCAUGUGAUAUACCAGUUGCAGCUGGACAGGGAUGCCCAUCGAACGCCUUUGAAUCCUCUGGCUUAUUCGUGCCAAAUGCCUGAAGACUUUAUUAAUCGUAUCGCUACUCUGGCAAGGAGUGUGAGCCCUCGGUAUGUGCCGGCUAGAAGCCUUUACCUUUACAAGGUCGCACUCGCAAAGGCAUGGGCAUGA